GUCAGAUCAUAAGUACCAAGUCAUGUCGAGUGCUUUACCAGUGUUAAGGCUGAAUCAAGUCAAGUCAUGUGACUUGAGUCCCCACCUCAUACCGAGGUCAGCGACAGUUUGACAUGACUUUUGACUUUCUGUACUGAAGUACUCUGAAAGAAAAUAGUUGCUUCCUCCUCUGUAUGCUUCAUGCAGUGAGCCCGACAAAAGAAGCCAUCUGAGACCUGUUUGAGUUGUGGAUGCUCAUACAACACAGCACAGAAAAGCUCCUCAGGUGUCUUUGCCAGUCACAGUUGCUCCGUGUGCCUUCCCUCUAACCACAAUGUGAUUUCUCCAGUAAACAACCACAAACAUGUUUUUUGCUUUGGUUUGUCUGUGUUCCUGCUCCACCUCUGGUGGCCUUUCUGACAGCAGCAGUUCAUCAGAAUGACGAUUCAUGGCUCAGAACAAAUUAUUCAUCUGUCUGGGGAAAGGGAAGGUAGAGGAGUGCUUUGAAGGCUGAAGCGCUGAGCUGUGAGUGGGCAUCGAGGAAAAAAAACUUGUGAUCCUUCUGAGUCACUUUCUGUUAAACCCACAGGAUUCUUAGGCUUUAGCAGCGCACGUGUGUCAGCAUGUGUGUGUGUGUUCAUGCUGGCGCCAUCCUCAGUGACUCAGCCUUCAACUACUCUGCACUUUGUAGGGAUUAACAGAGGCAUAUGGCAGACAAACACUGACUCUGAGGACGAAAACUACAUUUAUCACCCCGAGACCUGAUGAAGCGCCACACUUUGUCUCAGGGUGUUUCUGUGAAAUCACACAUUUGUUAAAGGUCUGAACUCACUUAUAAAAUGAUCAGCUGCACAAAUUCACUUCGCAUCAUGAUGCUUUUUGUUUAAAAAAUGAACUGUCAGAAACAUGGCCUUGAAAUUUUGACGCUAAUGAAAUGUUUUGUGUCAUUUGGCAAGAAAGCAGCUGCACUCAACCUGUGUCUGUUUGUUUGUCUGGAGGGAAAUACCUUGACAACUGUUGGAUCGAUUGGAAUGAAAUUUGGCACAUUUUGUGCACAGAAGCUGAACCAACUAAUACAAACAAACCAACAGGUCAAAUUUAUUCCAUGAGACCCAUCUAAAACUGGGGGCUAGACUCCAGUCAGUCAUACUUUAGAAUUAGCUUAGCAUGCUAAGAUAGCCAGUCAGUUAUGUUAAAUUUUGAUACUUUUGCUCAGUGUGAAUAAUUAAUUGCUCCUAAAACAUCUGUACAGGAGGUCCCAGUUUCUCUGGGAAUUGUGUCCAUAUAGUGCACCUCAUUUGGCAUCAAUGGACAAAGUAAUGAGCCUUCGGUGGUUGAAGUGGAGGUCCCGAACAAGUCAGCUGAGGUUUCUGGUAUAUAAACUGGAUGAGUGACAUACCCAUUAAUUACACCCUCUACAUUCUUACUUUUUGUCAUGUUAAAGUAUUUGACAUUAGAUAAACUGUAUACUGUACAUUGUGUGCUGCACAAUUGUCCAGUAUAGAUAGAUGGAACAACAACAACAUUAAUAUACAACUAAGGCAAACUAACAAACAGGCUAAGUUAUGAUUAUGAAUGUAAUUCUAGUCGAUACUGGGCUGAACAUGCAGCACAAGGGUCAGUAUAUACACAUCACCUGCAAAAUAUACAAACUGCUUUGCAUGAAAUUAAACUGUAGAAAUGAAACUUAUCAUACACAGACCAAAUAAGUUCACUGACUCCUGAGCUGAUGAUGCUGUUUCAUCUCUUCAGCUGCAACAGAGCUGCAGCUGAGGAGACGAAGAGGGCUCGAGCUAAGAACUGUUCAUCCUGUGAUUAGACAAACACAGAGGAAAAGACUGUAACAUAAGCAGAAGACAGGGCUAACGAUGGAGACUGAGGAAAUGUCAGAACAGACAUUUGGAGGCAUCACAGACAAACCCUGACAUCCUGUUUCUCUCAAGAACUGCAGCAUUGCCAUCAGUCGUACAGGUCAGAUCAUCACAUCUAAUAUGUUACACUUUACAUUGCCCUCAGUGGGUGGCCUACAUGCCAGUCGCUGUGUCUCUGAUAACUUCCCAUGCUCCACACUCCAUGCAAACAAGAACUGAGAAGGGCUCAAACCUGGAAACUUCUUAGCAGCAAAAUCUGAGUCAUAUACUGUACAUGCUGUGCAGUCAAAAGAUCUUCCUGUAAACAAAAUGUGAAUUAGCAUUUUAAUACAGUCAUUCAUUCAUUUAUUUAACUGUGUAAUUAUGACAACUGUUACACAGAAUCUGCUGGUUGCAGGAAACACUGGUUAUAAAUCCCAUAAUAUCACCAAAACCAACAAUCAGUGUAUCCACCUAACAAGCAGUAUCAGCAUGAUACACUGUGCCACUGUGUCUGUCAGGAUCUGGUUUUGGUUUCCUUUUUAAGGCUUUUAUUUUGUUAAGACUUCCUGCCUUAUGCUGUUUUACCUGAUUAUUACCAGAUUGGUUUCACCUGUGGCUUGUUGUGUGCACGUUUAACCUGCCAUGUUUCCUCAUGUGUGGAGCUGUCCGGUCUGGGUUUGGCAGCAUGCCUCUGCUGGGUCUCCCCUGGGCCCAAACAAUCAAGCUGGCCCUUCGGUUGUCUCCAACAGCCGCCUGCCUCCCACAGCCUGAGCGUGGGCUGCUCCAUCGGUGUGUCUUCUCCAUCAGCUUCCUACUGCGGACCAUGUGUGACUGUCUGCGUGCAAUAUUCCGAGUCACCUGGACGCCCUCCUCCAAUGCAGACUCUGACAGAGACCAAGAGGACAGUCAUGUUUUCAUCCAGACCAGAGAUCCAACUGUAAAAGACAAGCGGUGGUCGCCCCCUUCUAACAAAUCCCCCUCUGUCCCACAACGAAACCCUCACCGUACCAGAUCCACAGGUGAACAGGAGAGCCCCGAGAGAGUGGUGCAGAAGGAGAAGCUCCAUGCGGAGCUGAAGCAGGUGUUGAGUCAGAAGCGACGUCAUCUGAGCGAGUCGACCUGUCAACCGGCUGAACCAGAGAUGGACUCUGAGCCCAGAGACGAGCAGACAAGUGAGCUGCAGGCCUCUAAACCUGUGGAAAUUGUGGUGGAGACGGAGGCGGAGGCUGGAGCCAGCGGCUACAGUGUGACUGGUGGAGGAGAGAGCGGGAUCUUUGUUAAAGAUGUCCUCAGAGACUCCCCAGCUGCCAAACAUCUCAGUCUGCAGCAAGGUGAUCAGCUUCUGAGUGCCAAGGUCUUUUUUGAUAAUGUGAAGUAUGAAGACGCUCUGAGGAUCCUUCAGUGUGCAGAGCCAUACAAGGUCAGCUUCCAGCUGAAGAGGACGAUCCAUGGAGCAGAGGUCAGCAUGCGGCCUGGAGUUUCCAGUAUGGAAGCCAAAGGUCCCAGAGCCAAGAUGGCCAAAGUGAGAGUGAAGGGCACCAAGCCAUUCAAGGCCAAAAAGAAGAGAGGUGGUCAUUUUGGUCUGAGGAAACUGAAAGAGAAGCGCAGAGAGGAGCUGGUGAUAGAGGGGACGCCCCCCAGACUGGAGAUGAGUGAUGUGGAUGUGGAGUUUUCUCUUCCCAAAUUCAAACAUAGGACGAGUGCAAAGGUUGAAACAGAAGGAGCUGGAGGUGCAGCAGCCAUCGGGAAAGCUGGGGCUCAAGUGAAAGCCAAAGAAAAAGUACACAAGUUUGGAAUCACCUUUCCUAAGACUAAACACACAAAAUCUGACUCAGCUUUGGCAAUGGGAUCUGUGGAGCUGAAGCCACCAGAUGUGAACAUCCAGUUACCAUUAGCAGAGCUCAGUGUAUCUGGUGAUAAAGAUCUAAAUGUAGAGAAGGGAGGGCCUAAAUUUAACACACCUGAUGUGGCAUUUGGAAUCCCUUCAGGAAAAGCUGAGGCAUCUCUGCCCACUGUGAAGGGAAAAGCAGAAGUCAAAGCUCCUAAAGUCAAUGUCAAAGGAGGAGUUGAUGUAAAUGUAAGCAAAGGAGAUUCAAAGCUCAGAGUGCCAAAGUUGAAAUUACCCAAAGUUAAACUCUCACAUCAUUCAGAUGAGAUAGAUGGUGACAUCAAGGUAAAAGCUGAGGGGAUAAAAAUGCCUCACACUCACAUAACACCUCCAAAGGUAGAAAUCACUGGAGGUGGGGAUAUUAGUCUUCCCAAGGCAAAAAUCACCAAACCAAAAAUGGAAGGUGAUCUCUCAGGAAAAGCAGCAUCCGUUCAGAUUCCCUCUGUUGAUAUUUCUUUACCAAAAGUGAAAGGAAUGUCUGACAUGGAUGUCUCGCUCUCUGAGUAUGAAGGAGCUGAGAAGACAGCAAUCAAAAUACCUGCCACUGACAUCUCUGUGCCUGUUGUUGAUUUGGAAUUGGGUGCUGGGUGGAAAAUUCCUGAUGAGGUAGAGGGCACUUUUAAAGGGCCCCAAAUCUCAGUGCCAAAGGUUGAUAUCUCAUCACCAAGCAUGGGAUCACCUGAUGUUGAUAUUGAAUGUCAAAAAGGUGGUGGUAAAUUCAAGGUACCUCCUGUUGAUAUUGUUCUCCCAGAGGCGAAAACACAAUGUGUAGAUGUGGAUAUGGGCCGUUAUGUUGGUGGAGAUGGAACAUUCAAAAUGCCUGCUUUUGGACAAGAAAUGGAAGGAGGUUUCAAGUUGCCCAAAGCAGACCUGACUCUUUCUAAAGGCAACGCAGGAGCAACUGAUAUUGAAGGAGGGGGAAAAUUUAAGUUACCAUCACUUGAUGUUUCCCCACCAAAAAUGAAGACAGGUGCAGUGAAAUUUGAUAUUGAAGGCCCUACUAUGAAAGGUGAUAAAUUCGAAAUGCCUACACCUGACAUUUCUUUGCCCAAAGGGAAAAUGGAAGGAAACAUUGAAGUAAAAGGGCAUACUGGAAAAGGGGGAAAACUCAAAACGCCUGCCUUUGAUGUGUCUUUACCAAAACUGAAACAAUCAGAGGGUCAAAUAAACAUAGAGGGCCCCAAGCUUGAUGGUGAAGGUAAGAUUCAAAUACCCUCUGGUGACAUAUUUCUGCCAAAAGGAAAGCUGCAGGGUAACAUUGAAAUAGAAGGUCCAUCUGCAAAAAGAGUAGAGUUCAAAAUCCCCCAAGGAAAUGUAGAGGGAGAUAUAAACAUUGAUGGCAGCAAGGUAAAAGGAGGAAAACUAAACUUGCCUUCUUUAGACAUUUCCCUCCCAAAAAUAAAGAUACCUGAAGGAGAUGUAAAGCUAGAAUCCCCUGAACUUCCAACCCUUGACCUUUCAGCUCCCAAGGCAAAUUUCAGGGCCAAUAUGGAGGUCAAAGACCGUGGUAGUAAAGAAGCCAAAUUCAAAACACCAGAUUUUGACAUUUCAUUCCCAAAUACGAAAACCGACACACCGUCACUCAACAUCUCUUUUCCUGCAAUGAAAUCACAAGAGGGGGAGGUAAAGUUUGAAGCUGUUGAAAUAGAGGGAGGUACUGGAGGAAAGUUCAAAAUGCCUCACAUGACAAUGCCAGAUGUUGAUAUCUCACUGCCUAAAGGAAAGAUCGAAGGCCCAGAUGUUGAAAUAGAGGGAGGUACUGGAGGAAAGUUCAAAAUGCCUCACAUGACAAUGCCAGAUGUUGAUAUCUCACUGCCUAAAGGAAAGAUCGAAGGCCCAGAUGUUGAAAUAGAGGGAGGUACUGGAGGAAAGUUCAAAAUGCCUCACAUGACAAUGCCAGAUGUUGAUAUCUCACUGCCUAAAGGAAAGAUCGAAGGCCCAGAUGUUGAAAUAGAGGGAGGUACUGGAGGAAAGUUCAAAAUGCCUCACAUGACAAUGCCAGAUGUUGAUAUCUCACUGCCUAAAGGAAAGAUCGAAGGCCCAGAUGUUGAAAUAGAGGGAGGUACUGGAGGAAAGUUCAAAAUGCCUCACAUGACAAUGCCAGAUGUUGAUAUCUCACUGCCUAAAGGAAAGAUCGAAGGCCCAGAUGUUGAAAUAGAGGGAGGUACUGGAGGAAAGUUCAAAAUGCCUCACAUGACAAUGCCAGAUGUUGAUAUCUCACUGCCUAAAGGAAAGAUCGAAGGCCCAGAUGUUGAAAUAGAGGGAGGUACUGGAGGAAAGUUCAAAAUGCCUCACAUGACAAUGCCAGAUGUUGAUAUCUCACUGCCUAAAGGAAAGAUCGAAGGCCCAGAUGUUGAAAUAGAGGGAGGUACUGGAGGAAAGUUCAAAAUGCCUCACAUGACAAUGCCAGAUGUUGAUAUCUCACUGCCUAAAGGAAAGAUCGAAGGCCCAGAUGUUGAAAUAGAGGGAGGUACUGGAGGAAAGUUCAAAAUGCCUCACAUGACAAUGCCAGAUGUUGAUAUCUCACUGCCUAAAGGAAAGAUCGAAGGCCCAGAUGUUGAAAUAGAGGGAGGUACUGGAGGAAAGUUCAAAAUGCCUCACAUGACAAUGCCAGAUGUUGAUAUCUCACUGCCCAAAGGAAAGGUUAAAGGCCCAGACAUUGAAAUGGAAGGAGGUACAGGAGGAAAGUUAAAAAUGCCUCACAUGAAAAUGCCAGAUAUUGACAUCUCUUUGCCAAAAGGAAAGAUCGAAGGCCCAGAUGUUGAAAUAGAGGGAGGUACUGGAGGAAAGUUCAAAAUGCCUCACAUGAAAAUGCCAGAUAUUGACAUCUCUUUGCCAAAAGGAAAGAUCGAAGGCCCAGAUGUUGAAAUAGAGGGAGGUACUGGAGGAAAGUUCAAAAUGCCUCACAUGAAAAUGCCAGAUAUUGACAUCUCUUUGCCAAAAGGAAAGAUCGAAGGCCCAGAUGUUGAAAUAGAGGGAGGUACUGGAGGAAAGUUCAAAAUGCCUCACAUGAAAAUGCCAGAUAUUGACAUCUCUUUGCCAAAAGGAAAGAUCGAAGGCCCAGAUGUUGAAAUAGAGGGAGGUACUGGAGGAAAGUUCAAAAUGCCUCACAUGAAAAUGCCAGAUAUUGACAUCUCUUUGCCAAAAGGAAAGAUCGAAGGCCCAGAUGUUGAAAUAGAGGGAGGUACUGGAGGAAAGUUCAAAAUGCCUCACAUGAAAAUGCCAGAUAUUGACAUCUCUCUGCCAAAAGGAAAGAUCGAAGGCCCAGAUGUUGAAAUAGAGGGAGGUACUGGAGGCAAGUUCAAAAUGCCUCACAUGAAAAUGCCAGAUGUUGAUAUCUCUCUGCCAAAAGGAAAGAUCGAGGGCCCAGAUGUUGAAAUAGAGGGAGGUACUGGAGGAAAGCUCAAAAUGCCUCACAUGAAAAUGCCAGAUGUUGAUAUCUCUCUGCCAAAAGGAAAGAUCGAGGGCCCAGAUGUUGAAAUAGAGGGAGGUACUGGAGGAAAGCUCAAAAUGCCUCACAUGAAAAUGCCAGAUGUUGAUAUCUCUCUGCCAAAAGGAAAGAUCGAGGGCCCAGAUGUUGAAAUAGAGGGAGGUACUGGAGGAAAGCUCAAAAUGCCUCACAUGAAAAUGCCAGAUGUUGAUAUCUCUCUGCCAAAAGGAAAGAUCGAGGGCCCAGAUGUUGAAAUAGAGGGAGGUACUGGAGGAAAGCUCAAAAUGCCUCACAUGAAAAUGCCAGAUGUUGAUAUCUCUCUGCCAAAAGGAAAGAUCGAGGGCCCAGAUGUUGAAAUAGAGGGAGGUACUGGAGGAAAGCUCAAAAUGCCUCACAUGAAAAUGCCAGAUGUUGAUAUCUCACUGCCUAAAGGAAAGAUCAAAGGCCCAGACAUUGAAAUGGAGAGAGGUACUGGAGGCAAGUUCAAAAUGCCUCACAUGAAAAUGCCAGAUGUUGAUAUCUCUCUGCCAAAAGGAAAGAUCGAAGGCCCAGAUGUUGAAAUAGAGGGAGGUACUGGAGGAAAGUUUAAAGUGCCUCACAUGAAAAUGCCAGAUGUUGAUAUCUCAUUGCCUAAAGCAAAGAUUGAAGGCCCAGAUGUUGAAUUAGAAGGAGGUACAGGAGGAAAGUUCAAAAUGCCUUACAUGAAAAUGCCAGAUGUUGAUAUUUCACUGCCUAAAGGAAAGAUCGAAGGCCCAGACAUUGAAAUGGAGGGAGGUACUGGAGGAAAGUUCAAAAUGCCUCACAUGAAAAUGCCAGAUUUUGACUUUUCACUGCCUAAAGGAAAGAUUGAAGGCCCAGAUGUUGAAAUAGAGGGAGGUACUGGAGGAAAGUUCAAAAUGCCUCACAUGACAAUGCCAGAUGUUGAUAUUUCACUGCCUAAAGGAAAAAUCAAAGGCCCAGACAUUGAAUUAGAAGGAGGUACUGGAGGAAAGUUAAAAAUGCCUCACAUGAAAAUGCCAGAUAUUGACAUCUCUUUGCCAAAAGGAAAGAUCGAAGGCCCAGAUGUUGAAAUAGAGGGAGGUACUGGAGGAAAGUUCAAAAUGCCUCACAUGAAAAUGCCUGAUGUUGAUUUUUCACUGCCAAAAAGAAAGGUUGAAGGCCCAGAGUUGAACAUUAAAGUAAAGGAUGUCGACAUACCUUCUGUUGAUAUUUCACUGCCUAAAGGCAAAAUCGAAGGCCCAGAUGUUGAAAUAGAGGGAGGUACAGGAGGAAAGUUCAAAAUGCCUCACAUGAAAAUGCCAGAUGUUGAUAUCUCAUUGCCUAAAGGAAAAAUCAAAGGCCCAGAUGUUGAAAUAGAGGGAGGUACAGGAGGAAAGUUCAAAAUGCCUCACAUGAAAAUGCCAGAUGUUGAUAUCUCAUUGCCUAAAGGAAAAAUCAAAGGCCCAGAUGUUGAAAUAGAGGGAGGUACAGGAGGAAAGUUCAAAAUGCCUCACAUGAAAAUACCAGAUGUUGACAUCUCUCUGCCAAGAGGAAAGAUCGACGGAUCCAGCAGCACAGUUAAGGGGCCUAAGGUUAAAGGAACAAAAUUCAACAUUGGAAUGCCAAAGAAGAAGACUUGUAUAGAUGUACAGACAAAAACUCAGAUCAAAGGCCCAGACAUUGAAAUAGAGGGAGGUACAGGAGGAAAGUUAAAAGUGCCUCACAUGAAAAUGCCAGAUGUUGACAUCUCUCUGCCAAAAGGAAAGAUUGAAGGUCCAGAGUUGGACAUCAAAGCAACGGAUGUCAGCAUACCCUCUGUUGAUAUUUCACUGUCUAAAGGAAAGGUCGAGGGUCCAGAUGUUGAAAUACAGGGAGGUACAGGACGAAGGUUCAUGAAAAUGCCAGAUGUUGACAUCUCUCUGCCUAUAGGAAUGAUCGAAGGAUCCAGCAGCACAGUUAAGGGGCUAAAAGUCAAAGGAACAAAAUUCAACAUUGGAAUGCCAAAGAAAAAAACUUGUAGAGAUUCACAGAUAGAAACUCAAAUCAAAGUUGACACCCCAGCAGCAGAAGCUACAUUGCCAAGUGUUAAUCUGAAAACCCAACAAGGCCAAUAUGAGUUACAAACAGGGAGAGAGGUUGGGCUCUCAUUGUCUAGUGCAGAAAUCAAAGGCCCCAGAAUCCCAGACAUAGAGUUUGAUAUUGGUACAUCACAAGAUGAAGGUGAUGACAGAACAGAAAAAGGCAAGAAAAUCAAAAUCCCUAAGCUUGGUGUGCCUCUAUCCUCCAUCUCCUCUCCUGAGGGAAGCAUCUAUGGUCCAGAAGUUAAGUAUGAGAGCCCUAAUCUGCCCAAAGUAAAGAAAGCUGUUUUUGUUUUAGUAAAUCCUCCUGAAACAGAUGAACCUGCUGUAUGCUCAGGACUCCUAGAAGAAGAAACAACAGUUGAGACUGAAAGAGGAGAUGUCAGUGUGAAGAUGCCCAAAAUCAAAAUGAAGCCAAGCUUUGGGAAGACCAAAGAUAAAUCAGCUGCUGUAAAAACAGAGAGAGAGGGACAGGGAGAGGAGAAGCCAAAGGAAGGGAAGAUGAAAAUGCCCAAAGUGUCAUUUGCUUCUGGCAAAUCAGGGUUGUUAGAUGUUACUCUCAUAGGAGACCGUUCAAGUCUUGAUGAUGAAAAAGAUGCAAGUCCUUACAAUGGCUCCAAGGAUGAUAAAGGGACAUUUAGUGGUCAAAUAAAACUUCCAAAGGUGGAGUUCACUAGUCCGUAUGGCAAGAUGGCCACAGAGGAGGAGGUCACAAGAAUGAGUAUGAAACUAGGACAAGAUUCAUCAUCAGGAAAAAUAAAGGGAGAUGCUGACGGGCUCAAAGUAAAACCAGGCAAGAUGGCUUCCACAAGUUUCAGUGUGGACUCUCCUAUGGAUGUGGUGGCAUCUCAAGCCAGGACAGAUAUGCCAUGCAGAGACAGCUCAGAGUCCUCAACUGGUCAUACCAUGGAGGUCAGCCCAACAAAGCUCCAGACUUGGAGCGAGGUGGGGAGCAAAAGUAGAGAGUCUGAAGAAAGAGAGUCGUCGUCCUGGUUCAAGAUCCCUAAGUUCCACCUGAAGCCACACUCCACAGGCUUCCUCCAGAUAACCCCAGAGGGCUCACCUCAGGCCCAGCGGAGGGGGGAGGUGGGAGGUGAGACCGACAUCUUGGGGUCUUUCUGCCUUCACACUUCAGGUCUUGACUUUACAACCCAGGAAAUGUCAGAAGAGCACCAGGUCUCCUCUGCUGAGGAAGGAACUGUCACUAUGGUUACCAAGACCACCAGAAUCACCCAGCACAUGGUUACCAAGGAAACACAACCAGGUGAGAAAUAGAUUUUUCACACGCUGGGAUGAGAGUAGUGACAUGUCAAGGUAACACGCACUGAGUGAGUAGUAACUAUGUGUAUAGAGAUUUUUACUCUUCUGGUUUUUUAAAGUCUUUGAAUUUCUUGUAGAUACUAAAGG